CAGCGGGAGCAGCGGGUCAGCGGCACCGCCCCGGGAUCGCCGGGACUGGGAUCCGCCCUGGGACCCACCCUGGGAUCGCCGGGACUGGGAUCCACCCUGGGACCCACCCUGGGAUCCGCCAGCAGCGCCGCCCCGCCCGCGGGCUGCUGCGGGGACAGCGGGGACAGCGGGUCAGCGGCACCGCCCCGGGAUCGCCCUGGCUGGGAUCCACCCUGGGACCCACCCUGGGAUCCGCCAGCAGCGCCCCCCCGCCCGCGGGCUGCUGCGGGACAGCGGGAGCAGCGGGUAGCGCCGGGAUGGGGAAGCGCAGAACCCACCCCACAGGCGACAGGAAAUUCCAUGCUCCCAAAGCCAAGCGGAUCCUUCAGGAAGCACCGGGGGCUGCUGGCUCAGCCCAGAGCAGGGAUCCUAAUGAAGAUCCUGCCGGGAUGGAGCCCCAGGCGAGCAAGAACAGCAGCAGCGAGGCAGCUCCAGACAGAAUCCUUGUGGCAGAGGAUGGACCCCGAUCCCCACAGGAAGGGAGAAAUAAGGAGAUUGGAGGGAGCAGAGCACUGGGAUCACCAAAACAGGACAUUUCCAAAGGGAUGGAAGAGAAUCGUCUGGAAUUGCCCCAGCUGGGAAUUUUGGAAGUGGAUGGGACAGAAAAGGAUGAGCUGGAGUCGCCAAAACCAGGAAUUUUGGAUGGGGCAGGAGAGAAUUGUCCAGAAUCAUCAAAACUGGCAAUUUUGGAAGUGAAUGGGGCAGGAGAGGAGCCUCCAGAGUCAGUGAAAAUGGAAAUUUGGGAUGGAAUGGGACAGAAUAAUCUGGAAUCAGCUCAGCAGGGGAUCUUGGAGGGGGAUGGAGCAGGAGAGGAGCCCCCAGCAUCAGUGAAACUGGAAAUUUGGGAUGGAAUGGGACAGAAUCAUCUGGAAUCAGCUCAGCUGGGGAUCUUAGAAGGAGAUGGAGCAGGAGAGGAGCAGCUGGAGCCACCUCAGCUGAGAAUUCCAGAGGCAGAUGGGGCAGGAGAGGAGCCCCCAGAGUCAGUGAAAAUGGAAAUUUGGGAUGGAAUGGGACAGAAUCAUCUGGAAUCAGCUCAGCAGGGGAUCUUGGAGGGGGAUGGAGCAGGAGAGGAGCAGCUGGAGCCACCUCAGCUGAGAAUUCCAGAGGCAGAUGGGGCAGGAGAGGAGCCCCCAGAGCCAGUGAAACUGGAAAUUUGGGAUGGAAGAGGAGAGGAUCAGCUGGAACCAUCCAAACCAGGAAUUUGGGAGGUGGUUGAGGCAGCAGAGGAGCAGCUGGAAACACCAACACACAGAAUUUCAGAUGGGGCAGGAGAGGAGCCCCCAGAGUCAGUGAAGCCAGGAGUUUCAGAGGCAAAUGGGGAAAGAGAGGAGCAGCUGGAGCUGCUGAAAGAGGGAAUUUGGGAUGGGGCAGGAGAGAAUCCAGAAGGAGGGGGUUCUGGAGCUCAGGGGUCCAGCCCUGAGCACACAGACACAGAGGUGCUGCAGGCAGGGGAAGGAGGUGCCCUGGAGCAGGGAUGUGGCACUGGGAUUGCCCUGAGCAUGGACACGGGGUUCCCAGAUCAUCCCAGAGAUCCUCAGAGCCAUGGAGGGGAGGAAGAGAGCAGGAAUUCCCCGGGUGGGAAUUGCAGUGUGGCAACAGCAGCUCUGGAUCCAGCAGCCACCAGCAGCCAGUGCCAGGAGCAGCGGGAAGGGACCAGCCCAGAGCUCCCAGGGGAGAAGCCAUGGGACACUGCAGGCCAGAUCCACACGGGAUCCAGGGGGAGCAGCCCAGCACAGCCACGGGAAAGCAGCGCCCGAGCCGCGGAGCCGGCGGAUGCCAGCGACAUCAUCCACGGGCUGAUCCGGGAGCUCUCGGACCUCAACCGCCUGGCCAUGGGCGCCCGCCGAGGACUGGAGCUGCUCCGCAGGCCAAAGCCGCGGCGAGGCCGCAGGCCAGCGCCCGGAGGGACCCCCUGGAAGGAAGGGUAGGGACAUCAGGAGUCACCUCCGUUUAUUUAUUCCAGUUAUUGAUGGGAGCAGUGGGAAUAAACCAUCCUUAUCUGGAGAAUGGUUCCAGUGCUGACUGCCGGGCUCUUCGCGCUGUCUUGGGUGAAUAAAUCCCACCAAACCCACCCAAAACGCUCAGUGACAGCUCUGGUGCUGGGAUAAAGGCUCCAACAUGUGGAGCACUGACCUCUCCCAGUCCCUUCCCAGCCUGGGAUUAACCAAAACAGCUCAGAACAUCCAGUAACAGCUCCAGCACCUGGAGCACUGGCC